CGCAUGGCUCACGCUACGGUACGCCAUUUGUGUCUAGCAGCAAAAAGCGCGGACAGUGGAAAUAGUCGUAUAAGAAGAGGAGUUUGAUUCACCUUUGAUGACAGAGAUCAGCUUCACUGUUAUGUAAUUAUAGCAGGAUAUGAUAUGGAUAAAGCCUUGAUAUCAGGAAAGGAGGCUGUUGAGGACAACGUGUCUGAAAAUGACACCAGUGGGAAGGUGCAGCCAGAUGAUGUGGAAAUGGAGGAAACUAAAAGAGACUCACCCAGUAAGACUGCCAAGCCUGAUGAGGAAAUCAGUGAGGGGCUGCGGCCAGACUCCGUACCUGAAGAUGGAGAUAACAUCUGCACAGCUUGUGGCUUCUCGGCCAAAUGUCCAAGAUCACUGAAGAUUCACUAUGCAAGAAAGCAUGGGAAUAAAUCUAAGGAUACCAAUAGAACUGCAAAGCCAGCGGAGAAGAGCGAUAACAUCUCUGACGUGAGUUCAGCUGAAAUCCAGCAGGAAGUAGACAUGGAGACCGAAAGUUCUGCUGAAGUUAAGCAAAACGAGUCUGAUCUUGAUGAGCUGAGAUCAGCAGCCAGUGACAAUGGCACAAACACAAAGCGUUUAACUAAAAAGGAAACCGUAUUAGACAAACAGCAGGCCGAUCAAGAGGAAGCAGUCUGUACCCAAGAGAGAAGAGUGAGCAAGCGAACCCCAAAACCUAAGAUGAUAUAUUCCUGCAACUACUGUGGGCAAGAGUUUAGGGACAAGGUCCCUCUAGAUGUGCAUAUCCAGAGAUACCACACCAAAGACACCCCAUACACAUUUGAAGCUGAUGAGAACGUGGAUAAAGAAGAGGUAGUUGAGGACCCUGGCAGCACUGUGAAAGCUACUCCAACACGAGUGGCGACCAAACGUACACUCAAAAGGUUCCAGCUGAAGUGUAGACUCUGUGAUUUUAAGGUUAGCACCCCUGCAAUGCUGGAGACCCAUGCUCGAGACAAACACCUGGACCAGGAGUGGUACCACUGCAAAUUGUGCAACUUUUUUUCGGCCACAUCUGAGUGGAUGCAGGCUCACCUGUCUUCAGAUAGGCACAUGCAGCAGGAGAAAGGCGAGAAAACCCCAGAAUCUUCCUCAUUUGAAGUCUACGUUGAGAGUAUGUACAGAGACAGAGCUGGAGAUGGGGCCAUUAUAGAUGAUAUGACUCUGCUGGCUGAUGGAGAAGGGGUAGCUACUUUGACAGAAGAAGAUCAGGAAACUGAAGAGGCGUCGGAGGCUGCCAAAGCUGUGUCUGUUGAGAAAGAAGAUUUGGAGCUUGAACCUCCCAGAAAGAAAAAAGGAAGACCAAAGCAAGGUUCCACGACUACUUGUGGAUACUGUGGCCUGGUAGUGUCCAAUGCUACGAACCUUAGUGUCCAUGUCCGCCGCAAACACAGCAAGGAGUACGGCUACAGCUGCACUCUGUGCAACUACAGCUGUGUGACCAAAGGAGACAUGGAUCGUCACUGUAUCACGAAAAAGCAUGUUAGACGUGCACAAGAGUGUGCAAAUAAGAACCCUGACAACAAUCACAAUAGUGCAUCACCACAAGAACCCACAACUACACAAGCCCAGGAACCAAAUGCAGCCUCACAGAUGACCGACAAUGAGCAGGAACCUGACAACACGGCAUCCAAAGAACAAAGUGGAGAAGAGCAAACUCAGUCAGACACAAGCCAGAAAAAAAGUAAAUAUGACUCUGUUAAUGCUUGCAGCCAUUGCGAUUUUGUAGCUCAAUCAAUCCCUUCGCUCCAUCUUCACGUCAAGAGAAAGCACACCAAAAACUUUGAGUAUGUCUGCUUAGCAUGUAGCUACUAUGCCGUAACAAGCAGGGAAAUGUCUCGCCAUUCCAACACAGAAAAGCACAAACAGAAAAGCCAGAAAUACCUGGAACCAUUGGGGAGUGAUGGGCAAAGAGCUUUGCCAGUCCCACUGAAGCUGAAGGAGGUCAUUGAGCUUGUGGAGACGAACUCUAAUCCUGAAGGUGAGCCUCCUAGACCCACUGAAGAGCCUGAAUCUUGUUCUGAUGACAGCCAAGCAAUGGAAAGUCAGGACGCAGCUGCAUCCUCUGUCACCACAGAACCUGUCGAUGUUGUCGCUAGUGUGACUGGCAGUACUGAUGAGAAGCAAGAAGAGAUUAUUACUUCUUCCAGUGGUGGUGAACCAGAUCCAACCGACCAGACAAUUGAACUUACAGCGAUGUCUGAACCCCAGCAAGCUCCAGCAGAACCUCAACCUGCAGAGGAUCAGUCCGCACAGCAAGAGAGCCAGGAGGAAGGGGCUAAUCAAACAGAUGCUGAGCACUUAAAUGCAGAUGAGAUGACUUCAGAUGAAAAGAGUGACAGCUCUCAUUCCGAUACACAAAUGUCCAAAGCCCCUCCUUUUGAUGCCUGUAUUGUAUCCAUGAAGGCCCUCGCUGAGCAGGAGCAGGUGCUGCAGGAAGGUCUGGCUCUAGAAGGCGAGUCUGCUGUGAUAUGUCUGACUGGAGGAACCCCGGUGCCCUCUGGCUUCCUGCCCUCCAAUUCUGCAUAUGUCAAGAAGCUCAAACGCAAGGAAGUGAAGGUGAGAGAGGAAGCCAAAGGAAGUAGCCCACGCAUACGCUGCGAGGACUGUGGCUUUAUGGCCGACGGCAUCAGUGGCCUCAACGUCCACAUUUCAAUGAAGCAUCCGUCAAAGGAGAAGCAUUUCCACUGCUUGGUGUGCGGCAAGUCAUUCUACACCGAGAGCAACUUGCACCAGCACCUGACCAGCGCCGCCCACCUCCGCAACGAGCAGAACAGCGUGGAGGAGCUGCCGGAAGGAGGCGCUAGCUUCAAGUGUGUGAAGUGCACAGACCGCUUCGAAUCGGAGCAGGAUCUGUUUUUUCACAUCAAGGAGAAACACGAGGAGCUUCUGAGGGAGGUCAACAAGUACGUUUUGGAGGACACGGAGCAGAUCAACCGCGAGCGCGAGGAGAACCAAGGCAGUGUGUGUAAAUAUUGUGGCAAGGUGUGCAAGAGCAGCAACUCCAUGGCCUUCCUGGCACACAUUCGCACACACACCGGAUCCAAGCCCUUCACGUGUAAGAUCUGCAACUUUGCAACUGCUCAGCUGGGAGACGCCAGGAACCACGUGAAGAGACACCUCGGCAUGAGAGAGUACAAAUGCGACAUUUGUGGAUGGGCCUUCGUGAUGAAGAAACACCUCAGCACCCACCUACUGGGGAAGCAUGGAGUUGGACAGCGUAAAGAGAGGAAGUUUGAAUGUGACUUGUGCGAGCGCUCCUUCAGUGAAAAAUGGGCCCUGAACAACCACAUGAAACUGCACAGUGGGGAGAAACCAUAUAAGUGUGCCUGGCCGUCCUGCCACUAUGCCUUCCUCAACCUGUCAGCCAUGAAGGACCACUACAGGACACACACUGGAGAGAAGUCCUAUCUGUGUGACCUGUGUGGCUUUGCUGGAGGCACAAGACACGCCCUCACCAAACACAGGCGCCAACACACAGGAGAGAGACCCUUCAAAUGUAAGCUCUGCAGCUUCGCCUCCACCACGCAGUCCCACCUAUCGCGGCACAAUCGUGUUCACACUGGGGAGAAACCGUACCGCUGCCCCUGGUGCGACUACAGAUCCAACUGUGCUGAGAACAUCCGGAAGCACAUCCUCCAUACAGGCAAACACGAGGGUGUGAAGAUGUACAACUGUCCCAAAUGUAACUAUGCCACCAACUCUCCCAUGGAGUUCCGCAACCAUCUGAAGGAAAAUCACAUUGAUAUUGAGAAUCCAGACCUCGCCUACCUACAUGCAGGUAUCGUGUCCAAGUCUUUCGAGUGUCGUCUGAAGGGUCAGGGGGCUACUUUUGUGGAAUCGGAAGCCGUGGACUCCCCCGUCAGCAAGAAAGGUUCAUCUGAUGCAUCCAGCCUGGAUGAUUCUGUCCAGCAGGUCAUCAUCAUCCAGGGCUACGGCGACGGGGAGGUGGCCAUCGACCAGGCCCUGGAGGAGUCAGCUGCUGCCACCUUGCAGACGCUGGCUAUGGCCGGCCAGGUGGCAGAGGUGCUCCACAUCACCGAAGACGGACAAGUCAUUGCCUCAGGCAGGGAAGUAGCAUCCGCAGGGGCCCACCUGGCUGGAGGCAGCACCCAGUAUGUGGUGCUGGAGUCGGGGGAGGCCAGGAAAGGGUUGCGGGCUGUGGCUAGAGGAGGGGUCGCAGCCGCAGGACAAAGUCACAUUGUUUCCGAGUCGUCCACAGCUCUGGACGCUCUGCUCAGCGCCGUCAGCGAAAUGGGCCAUCAGGAGGAAAUGCACGGAGAGGCUGCCAUCGUUCAUGAGGUCUUGACACCUGAGAUAGCCGAGGCUGCGCGGAGGGGAUCGCACCUGAACGUGAAAGAGGAGCAGGAGGUGCAGGUCAUCCAGGAGGCCGGCCAGGAGGAGAUGCAGGAGGUGCUGCAGCUUGCCGCAUCCCAGAUGAUGAAGGAAGGUCUAACCCAGGUUAUUGUUAAUGAUGAAGGAACCCAUUACAUUGUGACAGAGCUGGACAACUGCACCUUGCAGGUGGAGGGAGGCGUGUACGGAGAGGCCGGGGCAGGCGAUGGGGAGGUGCAGCAGACAGAGCAGCAGGCUGGAGAAGAGAUGGUGGUCUACCUGGAUGAAUCCUCUCAUAAUAUAGUUCUGGAAGGGUAGAGGAGAGAGAGAUUAACUAAAAGAGGUACACUUAUUGUUUCAUUUCAGUUUUUUAAUUCUGUUAAUGGCUGCAUUAGGCCAAAUGUUUGCCAGUAAAUCCCCUACAGUUUUCCUUUUCCCUUGUCCUAUUUCAUUUUACCCAGUUUGACUCUUUUUUUUUUUUUACUAUCCUCUCUUGGCUAUUCUAAACUCAGGUUAAACAUCAUUUAUUUAGAGAGACGGUGACGGAAAGAGGUUUUGGUGCUAAGUGAGUUAACUUGCAAUCCUUACAACCCCCAAGACUACACAAACCUCUUGAUCGAUGCCAUGCAACUUAUGGAAAUGAUUAUAUUUCCUCCUGAAAUAUUUUUUAAAAAUGCGUCUGACAUACUGAGAGUAAAAUGAUUAAUUAUAAAAGAAAAUGUGUAUUCUGCUCUGUAGUGGCAACAAUGACUUUCCCGCAAAUGCUUUUUCUUAAUACUUCUGUUUAAUAUUAUUUCAAGUUGUGUUUGUGUUGUUAGAAUUUUGCUCACGUCAUAUGACACAAAGGUUUAUUCAUUUCUUGCCUAUUUUUACGUUUUUUCUUUCUAUAUAUAUUAUCAUUUGUGAAACUAUAAGCUGAUGGAUUUUUUAAAAAUUCCAAAACCUUCAGAUGAUUUAUAUGUAACAAAAUAGAGUUGAUAAUUAUACAUGUCAGUUUUUUGACAACCCCUCAGCUGUUGCUGUCAGCUGUGCAAGUUCAGCUUUUGGGAAACCUCUAAAACAAUUAAUGCAAUUUCAUUUCUGACAAUAAAGUUUGAGCUUAAUUUUUAACAACCA